AUGUCUAUCGAUUUUCCCGCCGAGGAGGAGCUUGUCCUCAAGCGGUGGAGAGAAAUUGAUGCUUUCCAGCGCCAGGUCGAGCUUUCUCGAGGAAAGAAGCCGUAUACCUUCUACGAUGGUCCGCCUUUCGCGACCGGUCUGCCUCACUAUGGUCAUCUUCUGGCCUCAACAAUUAAAGAUAUCAUUCCCAGAUACUGGGCAAUGAAGGGACACUAUGUCGAGCGAAGAUUUGGAUGGGAUACACACGGCGUCCCCGUUGAGUAUGAGAUCGAUAAGAAACUCGGCAUGUCCGGCUUGGAAGCAGUUGAGAAACUCGGAAUUGCCAAAUACAACGAGGAGUGCCGGGCUAUUGUCAUGCGUUUCGCUGAGGAAUGGCGACAGACGAUCGAGCGUCUGGGUCGUUGGAUUGAUUUCGACAAUGACUACAAGCUAACGCACGUUGGCCUGGAAUUAGACGAUGAACACCAGCUUUAUGGAGUCCGUGUGCAGCUCUUUGACAAAGGCCUUGUUUACCGAGGCUUCCGCGUGAUGCCUUAUUCAACCGCCCUCAACACACCUUUGAGCAACUUCGAAGCUCAGCAAAACUAUAAGGACGUGCAGGACCCCGCAGUAGUCGUGACAUUCCCUCUGUUGGACGACCCCGAGACCUGCUUGCUUGCAUGGACGACCACUCCGUGGACGCUUCCCUCUCACACCGGCCUUUGCGCCCAUCCUGAUUUUGAAUAUGUGAAGAUCUACGAUGAGGCCACCAAGAAGAACUAUAUUCUUUUGGAGUCUUUGCUUCGCACCAUCUACAAGGAUCCGAAGAAGGCCAAAUUCAAGAUCGUUGACCGCGUUAAGGGUGCCGAUAUGCUUGGUUGGAAGUACGAACCUCUCUUCAAGUAUUACUACGAUGAAUUCAAAGAUCAUGGUUUCCGUGUGGUCAAUGAUCGUUAUGUCACAGCCGAGGAUGGUGUGGGUAUCGUUCACCAAGCUCCAGCUUUUGGUGAGGACGAUUACCAAGUCGCCGUUAACCACGGUGUGAUCAACGAGACUCGUCUUCCCCCGAACCCCGUGGACGCCCAGGGUUGCUUCACCGCAGAGGUCUCGGACUUUGUUGGCCAAAACGUCAAGGAGGCUGACAAGGCAAUCAUCAAAUACCUGAAGGGCACUGGUCGCCUUCUUGUUGACAGCCAGAUUACUCACAGCUACCCCUUCUGCUGGCGGUCAGACACCCCUCUCAUCUAUCGGGCAGUGCCUUCUUGGUUCGUGAAAAUCGAUACAAUCAUCCCUCAGAUGCUGGAAGGUAUCGAGGAGUCUCAUUGGGUCCCAUCUUCGGUGAAGGAUAAGCGCUUCGCCAGUUGGAUCAAAAAUGCCCGUGACUGGAACAUCUCCCGCAAUCGUUUCUGGGGAACUCCGCUUCCUUUGUGGGUCAGCGAUGACUUCAAGGAGAUUGUCGCCGUUGGGAGUGUGGAGGAACUGAAGGAACUGAGCGGUUACACCGGCGAGCUCACCGACAUUCACCGUGACAAGGUGGAUCACAUCACUAUUCCCAGUAAGCAGGGUAAGGGUGAGCUUCGCCGCGUCAGCGAGGUGUUUGACUGCUGGUUUGAGUCUGGUAGCAUGCCCUACGCUUCCCAGCAUUAUCCAUUCAAAAACAAGGAUCAAUUUGAAAACAGCUUUCCCGGUGACUUCAUCGCGGAGGGUCUCGAUCAAACCCGAGGUUGGUUCUACACGUUGACUGUCCUUGGUACUCAUCUUUUCGGAAAAUUACCCUUCAAGAACUGCGUCGUCAACGGUAUCGUUCUCGCCGAGGAUGGCAAGAAGAUGUCCAAGCGUCUCAAGAACUACCCUGAUCCUACCCUGAUCAUGGAUCGUUACGGUUCCGAUGCUCUGCGUCUUUACCUUAUCAACUCGCCAGUCGUGCGCGCCGAGCCACUCCGUUUCAAGGAGGCGGGCGUCAAAGAAAUUGUCAGCAAGGUUCUCCUCCCCUUGUGGAACAGCUACAAAUUCUUCGAAGGCCAAGUUGCUCUUUUGAAAAAGUCUUCCGAUGUUGACUUCAUGUUCGAUCCUAAAGCUGAGUCCACUAACACCAAUGUUAUGGACCGCUGGAUCUUGGCCAGUUGCCAGAGUCUCUUGAUCUUUGUCAACCAGGAAAUGACCGGAUACCGCCUGUACACUGUGGUGCCGCGUUUGCUGGGCCUGAUUGAAAACACUACCAACUGGUAUAUUCGAUUCAACCGCAAGCGUCUAAAGGGAGAGAACGGUGUUGAUGAUACUCUGCAUGCCUUGAACACCCUGUUCGAGGUGCUUUACACUUUGGUUCGGGGACUUGCUCCGUUUACUCCUUUCCUUACCGACAAUAUCUAUCAGCGCCUUCUUCCGCACAUUCCCGAGGCUCUCCGUGCCGAAGAUAGCCGCAGUGUGCAUUUCCUCGCCUUCCCUGAGCCACGCCAGGAGCUUUUCGAUGAAGUUGUGGAGCGUCGGGUCGCCCGUAUGCAGAAGGUCAUUGAGCUUGGUCGUAUCUCUCGGGAGCGCAAAUCCAUUGCGCUGAAGACACCUUUGAAGUCACUCGUGGUGAUUCACCAAGACCAGCAAUAUCUGGACGACGUCAAGUCUCUCGAGGGAUACAUCUUGGAGGAGCUCAACGUCCUCGACCUGGUACUCUCGUCUGACGAGGCUAAGUACAAUGUUCAGUACAGCGUCAAUGCAGACUGGCCCACCUUGGGCAAGAAGCUCAAGAAGGACGUGCAGAAGGUCAAGAAGGCCCUUCCUUCGUUGUCAAGCGAUGAUGUGAAGAAGUACGUUGAGGAGAAAAAGAUCGUGGUGGACGGAAUCGAGCUGAUUGAGGGCGACCUCGUCGUGAAACGCGGAAUCAAGGAAGAUUCAAGCUCAUCCGGCAUGGAGACUAACACUGACGCCGACGUCAUGACCAUCCUGGAUGCCAACUUGUACCCAGAGCUGGCUCACCAGGGUAUUGGUCGUGAGAUCAUCAACCGACUCCAACGUCUCCGUAAGAAGGCCGGCCUCGUGCCAACCGACGAGGUGAAGAUGGAGUACGUCGUUCUCUCGGACCCUGACAACAUCGGUCUUGGUGAAGCCUUCAAGUCACAAGCCCAGGCCAUCGCGAAAGCAGUUCGACGACCGCUUGAUGAGCGCUCUUUGGCCGACGGUCAGGCCCCUAGUGGUGACGAAGAGGGCACCAUUGCUCAAGAGGAUCAGGAAGUACAGAACGCCACAUUCCUCUUGCGGUUGGUCAAGCUGUAA